AUGUUUCGUAAUAUCAUUACAAAGUCUUUUCUUUCGGGAAGAACAUUAAUCGAUGGUGCACACUCAGUAUCCAAGACAACCAGAACGGUCAAUAAAUUUAGUCCACAUAUAAAAAGACAAUACUCAAAUUACCAAUACCAAAGGUUUAAUAACCAAAAUGGGAGAUCGUUUUCACAACUGUUGUUCGACCCUGUAGGUAGAAAAUAUCUAGCAAUAAUCUUUGGUGGUGGUUCGUUGUUCUAUUUUACUCAUCGUGAAGAAGCUCCAGUGAGCGGUCGCAAGAGAUUUAUUUGGAUUCCACGAUGGUUAGAAUUAAAGAUAGGUAAUCACACCUACAAAUCAAUGAUAAGUGAAACUGGUAAUUCAAUCUUACCAGCAAAUCACCCAGCAACUAAGAAAGUCGAAAGAGUGUUUACAAAAAUCGUGGAAGCCGCAUAUAAGGACCCUGAAAUGGAUAAAAGUUUAUUAGAUGGAGUUCAAUGGAGAAUACAUGUGGUUAAUGACCCAACACAGCCACCAAAUGCAUUUGUUUUACCUGGUGGGAAAGUCUUUGUCUUCAGUAGCAUUCUAGGAAUUUGUAAAGAUGAGGAUGGUUUGGCAACAGUAUUAUCCCAUGAAUUUGCCCAUCAACUUGCAAGGCAUACAUCAGAGAAUUUAUCAAAGGCACCUAUAUACGCUUUUAUAAGUCUCUUGAUAUAUUCUGUGAUUGGAGUUAAUGGACUGGAUAACUUGCUCACGGAUGGUUUAUUAAGAAUGCCAGCUUCCAGACAAAUGGAGACAGAGGCGGAUUAUAUUGGUCUAAUGAUUAUGGCCAGAGCUUGUUUCAAUCCCUCGGAAGCUAUCAACUUGUGGAAAAGAAUGAGUGAAUUUGAACAGAAAUCUAACAUGAAUGGGAGAACUUUGGAAUUCUUAAGUACGCAUCCGGCUAGUGAAAGAAGAAUCCAAAACAUGGAACGCUGGAUGACACAAGCCAAUGAUGUACGCGAACAAUCUGACUGCGGAUCUAUGAAUAAUUACUACAAAGGAUUCCAGGAUUCCUUUUUUGGUUCGUCACUUCCUUCAAUCCCAAUCUCAUCGUCCCCUUUUCCUGGCUUUUAA